AUGAAUCCAAUAACCCAGAAUCAAAAAUUCCUCGACCAAUUCCUGGUCGAGUCUCCCCCAAGCAGCCCCCCUCAAACCUUGUCAGAAACUCCCCCUCUCCCUCCUAUCCUCUUAGGUGGCGGUACUACUACCCUUCUGAUGGCUACCCCCAUUCUGGACCCUCUAAACCAGCCGGACCAAAUUGAACUAUUGGAAUGCCUCUAUAAAACACAGAAACGAGUACAGCGGCUAAUUAACAAACAAAUAUCUAAAGUCGCCAAAUUAACCCACAAAAACAUAAAAAAAGAUGGAUUUUCAAUCCUGUACAACAAAGAAUACCAAGAAGCUCAUCGAAGUGUCUUCACUUCCAAGAAAAUGAUCGAGAAAGUAUCUCAAAAGGCUCAACAAUUCCACAAUCAAACGCCAAAGCAAACUGCUAGAAUACACAAGCAGAAAUAUCAACCAAAAUCCCAACCCAACUCGAUUCAUUACAUACCAAGGAAAGGGCCCAAGCCUAGUGCAAACAACAAACCCUGA